AUGGCCUCUAGUGACGUCGAGAUAUUCCAUCGCCAGGCAUUCCUUGAUGCGGAAAUCCGUAUAUUCUACAUGGAAGCACAUCCUUUAGGAGGAGACAAAAAGAAAAAGGGAACAAUCCUUCUCAUUCACGGCUUUCCUCAGACUUCUUACCAAUUCCGACACGUAAUCAAGCCGCUUGCUUCAGCUGGAUAUCACGUUGUCGUCCCCGACUAUCGUGGCCAUGGGUUUUCGUCUCAUCCUCUGUUACCUGUGUCUGCUUUUACCAAAAAGGAGAUUGCGAGUGAUUUGUUCAAACUCAUCACGGAACAUGUCGGAAUAAAAGAGAAGAUUCAUGUGGUUGGGCAUGAUAUUGGCGGUAUGAUUGCCCACGCCUACGUCGCGCAGUUUUCUGAGCAUGUGGCCAGUAUUGUAUGGGGGGAGUGUCCUCUUCCAGGAACAGCACUGUACGAUGAACUAAAACACUCGAAAACACACUGGCAUUUUGAUUUUCAGGGUCACAAUCCCGAGAUUGCUGUAGCAUUAGUCACAGGAAAAGAGAAGAUGUACCUGAAGCAUUUCUUCGACCGGCUGACCCAAAACCAAGCCGUCUUUACCCCAGACGUGGUCGAGUUUUACACAAUGCAGUACUCAAUGCCAGAUGCACUGCGCUGUGCAUUUUUCACAUACAGCGUCUUUGAACUCGACGCUCAACAUAACAAGGAGUGGCGUGACAAAAAUGGGAAAGUGGCUGUCCGCAACAUGAUUCUUUCCGGGGACCAAAGCUGGGCUGCGCCAAGUUCAAAUUUUAUGGCUAGCGAAAUGUACAUUGACCCAAAAGUUGGUACUGUGGAAAACAGCGGACAUUAUCUGGCUGAAGAGAACCCUGAUGGUUUUGUGAAACAAGUUUUGAGUUUUAUCAAUGCUUGA